UCUACAAGACAAGAGCUAACGCUGAACCCAAGCAGAAUCGACAACACAAUGAAGCUGUUUGUUUGCCUGUUGAUUGCCUGUGUGAGCCUCGCCCAAGGCGGCUUCCUUGGUGGCGGUGGCGGUGGAGGAGGAGGAGGCGGUGGCUGGUCCUCUGGAGGUGGAGGUGGAGGCGGUGGGUGGUCUUCAGGCGGCGGCGGUGGCGGCUACUCUGGCGGUCAUGGCGGAGGAGGUGCAGGCGGUGUUGCCACAGUUGUCAAAGUCAUUCACGAAGAGGGUCACGGACAUGGCGGCGGAGGCGGAGGCGGCGGCGGUGGCUUUGAUCAUGGCCAUGGACACGCUCAUGGCGGUGGCUUUGAUCAUGGUCAUGCUGGCGGCGAAGUCAAGAUUGUCAAAGUGAUUCACGAAGAAGGACACGGACAUGGCGGCGGAGGCGGCGGCGGUGGUGGCUUCGAUCAUGGACACGCUCAUGGCGGUGGCUUCGAUCAUGGACAUGGCGGUGGCUUUGCCCAAGGCGGUGAAGUGAAGAUUGUCAAAGUGAUUCAGAGUGGCGGACACGAUGCUGGCUUCUCGCAUGUCGGCGGUCACAGUCAUGGCGGUGGCUUCUCCCAUGGCGGUGGCUUCUCCCAUGGCGGUGGCUUCUCUCAUGGCGGCGGAGCUGGCGGUGAAGUGAGCGUGGUCAAGGUGAUUCAUGAAGAGGGCGGACAUGGACACGAUCAUGGACACGAUCAUGGACACGGUCAUGGCGGACACGAUGCGCACUUUGGCGGUGGCUUCGGAGGCGGUGGCCACCAGGCGGAGGAUGUCAAGAUCAUCAGUGUGAUUAGCGAAGAUGCUGGCGCUGGAGGCGCAUCUUUUGGUGGCGGCUCCGGUGGUGGCUGGUCAGCUGGUGGCGGUGGCGGUGCCGGUGGCUGGUCUACUGCUAACGUCGCACACACAGCUCCCACACACACACUCAACACACACAACUCAUACCGAGUGUUUGCCAAGAUGAAGGUAUUCGUUUGUCUGCUCGCUGCAUGCAGCAUGGCCCACGCUGGCUUCCUCGGCGCUCUUAGCGGAGGCGGUGGAGGUGGAGGAGGCGGCGGCUGGUCCUCUGUCGGUGGCGGUGGCGGUGGAGGCUGGUCUUCGGGCGGCGGCGGUGGCGGCUACUCUGGCGGUGGCCAUGGCGGUGGCGGUGGAGGUGGCGCUGUCAAGAUCAUCAAGGUCAUCUCUGAAGGCGGCGGCGGCGGUGGCUAUGGCGGUGGUGGCGGCUACGGCGGCGGCGGUGGCUACAGCGGUGGCAGUGCUGGCUGGUCAGCUGGCGGCGGCGGCGGCGGUUACUCCGGCGGUGGCGGCUAUGGCGGCGGUGGUUAUGGCGGUGGUCAUGGCGGUGGCGGUGCCAGCACUGUCAAGAUUGUCAAGGUCAUCUCUGAUGCUGGUGCCGGAGGCGGAGCUGGCGGCUAUGGCGGUGGUUAUGGAGGCGGUUAUGGCGGUGGUCACAGCUCUGGCGGUUGGUCUUCUGGCGGCGGUGGUGGUGGCUACUCUGGCGGUGGCCAUGGCGGUGGCUACUCUGGCGGCAGCUCCGGCAGCGUUCAAAUCGUCAAGGUGAUCUCUGAGGCUGGCGCUGGAGGCGGAGCUGGCGGCUAUGGCGGUGGCUAUGGAGGCAGCAGCGGAGGCGGUGGCGGCGGCGGUGGCUGGGCACCUCAGGGUGGUUGGGCCUCCAGCGGCUGGUAAGCAGCCAAUGCGAGACUGUCAUAACUGUUGUUUUUCCUACCACUUUUAUUUUUUGUUUUGUUUGUUUUAUUGUUAAACUCUCAAAUUGUAAAUACUCAUUAAGACAAAACACAACAGAAGCACAAACAAAAUAAAAAUAAUAUAAUUAAAUAAAA